GGAAGCUCCACUGGAGGAGGCGCCGGGAGGUCCCAAAGACAUCUCCAGGAUGUAACUGCCCACCAGGACCUCCUGGCCCCACUGGAAGACCUGGACUCCCAGGGGACAAAGGUGCCAUUGGGAUGCCUGGACGUGUGGGGGCCCCUGGAGAUGCUGGGCUGUCCAUCAUCGGUCCCCGCGGCCCCCCUGGUCAACCAGGCACUCGAGGUUUUCCUGGGUUUCCGGGUCCCAUAGGGCUAGAUGGCAAACCGGGCCACCCCGGACCCAAAGGGGAGAUGGGUCUGACGGGCCCCCGAGGACAGCCGGGACCUCAAGGACAAAAAGGAGAAAAGGGCCAGUGUGGAGAGUACCCACACCGGGAGUGGGUAAGCAGCAUGCCGGCAGCUCUGCGCUCCAGCCAGAUUAUUGCCCUGAAGCUGCUGCCUCUCCUCAAUUCAGUGCGACUGGCUCCACCCCCAGUCAUAAAAAGACGGACCUUCCAGGGUGAACAAGGCCAGGCUGGCAUCCAAGGGCCACCAGGGCCACCAGGCCCUCCUGGACCGAGUGGACCUCUGGGGCACCCAGGACUGCCAGGACCCAUGGGGCCACCUGGUUUACCUGGGCCUCCGGGAUUGAAGGGAGACCCAGGGAUCCAGGGCUACCACGGCCGGAAGGGAGAACGAGGCAUGCCAGGAAUGCCGGGCAAGCAUGGAGCCAAGGGGGUUCCUGGAAUCGCCGUGGCUGGGAUGAAGGGUGAGCCGGGGACCCCAGGAGCCAAGGGUGAGAAAGGGGCUGCGGGCUCCCCUGGGCUACCCGGCCUCCUGGGGCAGAAGGGAGAGAAAGGCGAUGCUGGUAACUCCAUUGGAGGAGGCAGAGGGGAGUCCGGCCCCCCAGGGCUCCCUGGACUCCCAGGGCCAAAGGGAGAAGCAGGAGUCAAUGGCCACACUGGGCCCCCAGGACGGCAAGGAGACAAGGGGGAGCCCGGAGCAGCUGGAGAGCAGGGACCAGCCGGCCCCAAGGGCUCCAAGGGAGAACCAGGGAAAGGAGAGAUGGUAGAUUACAAUGGAAACAUCAACGAAGCUCUCCAGGAGAUACGAACGCUGGCGCUGAUGGGGCCUCCUGGUCUUCCUGGACAAAUAGGCCCACCUGGAGCUCCGGGGGUUCCAGGCCAGAAGGGGGAGAUUGGACUGCCAGGCCCUCCAGGACACGAUGGGGAAAAGGGACCUCGAGGCAAAUCAGGAGACAUGGGUCCCCCUGGGCCCCAAGGACCCCCAGGAAAGGAUGGACCUCCAGGAAUGAAGGGAGAAAAUGGACACCCGGGGAGCUCAGGAGAGAAGGGAGAGAAAGGGGAGAUGGGACAAGCAGGCUCGCCGGGAGAGAAAGGAGAACCUGGGGAGAAGGGGGACCUGGGAGCGGAGGUUCCUGGACCACCAGGGCCGGAAGGACCUCCCGGACCUCCGGGGCUCCAAGGCAUUCCUGGACCAAAGGGGGAAGCAGGACUAGAUGGCGCAAAAGGAGAGAAGGGCGUCCAGGGGGAAAAAGGAGACCGAGGUCCCCUGGGACUGCCCGGAGCUUCAGGUUUGGACGGCAGGCCUGGGCCACCGGGUACUCCAGGACCAAUCGGAGUUCCAGGCCCAGCGGGACCAAAGGGCGAGAGGGGCAGCAAAGGAGACCCCGGGAUAACAGGACCAACGGGAGCAGCUGGACUUCCUGGUUUACAUGGACCACCCGGGGACAAAGGAAACCGGGGGGAGAGGGGGAAGAAAGGCUCUAGAGGGCCUAAAGGGGAUAAGGGAGACCAAGGAGCGCCUGGAUUAGAUGCCCCCUGCCCGUUGGGUGAAGAUGGUUUACCAGUCCAGGGCUGCUGGAACAAGUGACGCCUCUAACCUUGGAUUGGCCUAUGUGUGUGUUUGUACAUAGAAUAUUUAUUUUUAUACAGUUUUCACUUUUUGAAAAUGCCAGAAGUAUGAUGCCUCUUACAGAUUAUUAAAAAAAAAAAAAAGGAAAGAAAAACCUGCAUAUUUUGUACAGAAAAUAUCGACCUCCUCUCUUCUGUUUACAAGAUGUUUUGUAUAAGUCUAUGUCUCUAAUACACUUUUUGUUUGUUGUAAUGUUUGCAUGAUAUUUGUGCACACUUAUUAAGUAUUGAAGCUUAAUAAAUUAUUGUGUCCCAGAGCCAAAGGGGGCCUGCCAGCACCGAGCAGCUGGCUAGCUUAUGUGUGAAUUCACAUAAACACGAGGUCUGUGAUGUUUGCCAAGCUAGGUGUGUCUAAGAAUAUUUAAAACCCUUAUGGAUUUUCAUUAUUAAAAAAAAAAGACAUAGCCAUUCA